CACGACAACCACAACCCCGCCCACAACCCACGGCGAAUGAGCGGCCUUUCAAGCACGAUGGACUCUGACUCCGAGUCGUCGGAGUCGGAGCUUCAAGUUGACUCUGAGCUUUCUCUGCCACCGGUGCCACAGGGCAGCGGGCUCGUCGGGACCGGCCUCGCCGACGAGCGCUCGCCCCCGCUGCGCACCCCCGGCGCCGCCUACAGCAUGCCCUUCGCCGACACGCCGUACGUCUGCCUCCUCUGGGCCACCGCCGCGACGCGCGGAUCGGGCACGUGGCAGCUGCACAUCGCGCACCGCGACGCGCCGCGCACCCCGCUCGCCGUCGCCGCCCUCCAGGCGCAGGGCGUGCACGUGCUCCAGCUCGGCCCGGGCGGCCCCUGCGACGGCGGCAUGCGGUGGCAGCGGGACGACGGGGACUGGGGAGACACCACAACGCUGAUCGCCGCCCCGGGGCUGCUAAUCGCGCUGCAGAUCGGCGGGAAGGUGCACGGGCUCUCAACCGAGCUCCCGUUUGCGCCGGAGGUCGACCUGCCAGCGCACGUGUCAGGCAUCCUCCCGUUCUUCGAUUGA